AUGUCUACAGAUUUGUUUAAUGACUUUCAAAAUUCGCUAUUAAUUCCGGAAGAACAUAUAAAAAUUGAAGAAUUACUUCCUGAAUUAUUAAUCAAUAAAAAAGUAUUAGAUGACACAGUUUUAACGCAACAUGAUCCUCUCGAAAUCGAAAAUGGAAACAUUGAACAACUUUUACAAACAGAAUUGAUAAUUAAAACUGAAGAUAUUGAGGAGACAUUCGAAGAAAAUUCUACUAGUGAAAUCGAGCAAAACUCAUUUUCGUGUAAUCUCUGUGGUAAAACAUAUUUCAAGCGUAGCAGUUUACAAACGCAUAUCGGAACUCAUACAAAAUCAUUUUCAUGUGAAAUUUGUCAUAAAAAAUUUGGACGAUUAUACGUUUUAGACAGACAUAAACUCAUUCAUACCGGGGUUAAACCAUUUUCAUGUGACAUUUGUGACAAGAAAUUUAUACAGAAAAAUCACUUCUUUAAACAUAAACAAACUCAUAUUAGUGACAAAGUUUUUACGUGUGAAAUUUGUAAUAAAAAAUUUACUCAAGCCAAUACUUUAUCGAAACAUAAACAAAUUCACAAAAAAGAAAUAGAAAAAUGGAUUUUAAGUGAUAUUUUUCAAGGCGAAAUAUCUGAUAUUUCUCAGAUUCAUACUGGAGGAAGACGUUUUUCCUGUGAUGUAUGUGGUAAAAAAUUUACGAGAAAAUUCGUUUUACUUAGGCAUCAAUUAACUCAUACCGGUGAAAAACCAUUUUCGUGCGAUAUUUGUGAUAAGAAAUUUAUACAGAAAAAUCAUUUUAUUAAACAUAAACAAACUCAUACUAGUGAAAAACUUUUUUCGUAUGAAAGUGAUAACAAAUUUACGCAACAUAGUACUUUAUCGAAACAUAAACAGAUACAUACAGAAGAAAAAGAAAAAUGGUUUUCAAGUGAUAUUUCUCAGAUUCAUACGGGAGGAAGACGAUUUUCCUGUGAUAUGUGUGAAAAGUCAUUUAAUCAAACAUACACGAAAUCAUUAUGGAGAAAAACCUUAUUCUUGUGA